UGCUCCCUCUUUCACAAUUUCCAAGGUCCCCCAUAUCCAUAUCUCCUAGGCCCCAUAUAACCCAAUUUGAAGCCCCAAACUCCCCUGUAUCUUUCUCUUUCUCUGAACCAACCAAACAUGAAGAUGAAGGUAGACAAGGAGAUCAUCCACUAUUCCCACUCACAACACAGGCUCAAAUUUGAGUGCAGUGACGCCCUUUUCAACUGUGAUGGGUGCAAAGAAGCCGGGAUCGGUGCUCGCUACAAAUGCGACAUCUGUGACUUUGAUCUCCACAAGAACUGUGCUACUCCGUCGCCGACCCUUAACCAUCCUUUCUACAGGAAAUGCAACUUUCAAUUCUACAGCAGGCCACCGGGUGAUAAGAUGAGGUAUUGUGAUGCUUGUGGCCAAGAUGUUUUAGGCUUUGUAUACCACUGCAAUUCUUGUGGCUUUGAUCUCCACCCUUGUUGUGCUUGCUUGCCUCCAGUUCUAAAUGAUGGAGAGAGAAACCUUUACUUGAGUCUUAAAGUCUCGGCCGCUUGCCAUCGAUGCGGACGUAAAGGAAUAGGCUGGUCCUACAGGUCAGAGUGCAAGAAAUACAAUCUCCAUGUCUCUUGUGUUAAGGAUAUGUUAAUGGAGAGUUGGCAGGAGAUCUACGACUCUGGUGCCAAGAAGAUCAAUGAGCUUCAAACUAGGAUCCCUAAGCUUAAAGGGCAAGUGAGGAGCUACCAUGGCAAUGCCAAGGGAGGGAAGGUGAUGAAGUGUUGUGAGAUGGCCGGCAUGGCCAUUAAGGUCAUCGUUUCCGCCAUUCUCGGCGAUCCGACGGCCAUUAUCGGAGCUGUGGUUGGGGCCCUCAUAUCCAAGAAGUGACAUGUGAAUUAAAUUGGGCUUCCAUGGGUGUGUUGCUCUCUCUCUCUCUCUCUCAUAGUGUUUGUGUUGUGUUUUGUAUACAUCUAUGUCCUUCAUGUAGGUAGCCAUGCGUGAAUUGUUGUAAUCUUUAUGUAAGUCUUAUAUAUAUAGUCGAUGUUUCUCUCA